AGGUUUCUGGGUAAAUGACAGGAAGCGGAUUUCUGUUUAUUUACCAUGGCGACGGAGACGCUGAAUACUGAUAUCCGCAGGCUGACUGUAAUGAUAUUUAUCUUAAUUAAAUGUAAUUCUCUUUCCUGCCAGCAGUUUAUCAUCUCCUUUCAGACGGUUUCAGACUGCGUCGUGGGACAUUUCUACGAUGUUUCUAGUCUCUCUUGUGUUCAAUGCGGUGAAGAUCAACGUGCCAGUGCAACAGGACUCGCAUGCGUCUGCCUACCUGGGCACCGUGUUCACAAAUCCAACGGAGCAUCGCUUACAUGUCAACGUUGUCCUCCCGAAAAGCCGGCGGUGACGGAGGAUGGGUUCGGGUGUAUUCGGUGUCCCGGCGGAUUGAGUGAAGAGGGGACGUGUCUGUGCCCUCAAGGGACUGUUCGAGUGGAGAGAGACCUCCAGGGAAACCCGUUGGACGAGGCCAGGUGUGAGGCUUGUAACGGGGAUGGUCCUGCGUUUUCUGUACCAAACAACAAUGGAGACAGCUGUGAGAGAUGUCAGGCUUCAUUUGUAAAUACGUCCAACUCAUGUGUGUGUACCCCUCCUAAUGUGCUGGCAGGAGGAUUAUGUUUGCCACCAAACAAUCUCCCCUCCAAUGUAAACUCCAAUGUUAACUUUGCUGAGUUGGCUCUCCCUGUCCAGUCUGUGUGGUUCCUUAAAAACCUCUACUCCUCAUCCUCCGCAUGUCUGGUCUUCACCAACCUCACGGCGUGCCAGGCUCUAGGGAACAUGUGUGUGAUGAACAUGCACUCCUUCAGCAGCGUGACCAACGAUGCCUGCGGCCUCUUCAACCUCAUCUUCAGAUCCAUGGCCGCUCUGGGCACCACACAGGACAUCUCUUACUGGAGAACUAAUCUGCCGUGGCUUUACUAUGGGGAUCAGCCGGGUCUAGCUGGCCGAGUGCUUCAAACGGAUCCAUUGCCCAUUGAGUUCAGUUUCAAAGGAAGCAAGAAGAAUACGGAUAUUAAGCUGAUUUCGGCGGUGUAUGAUGUAAGAGGGGAGUUCCUGAGAUGGGAGAACGUUAGUGGAGGGUCUCUGCAACUUUGUCCUGAUACGGCUUUAAGACAGAGGGCAGCCUACACUUUUGGAACGGCUUACCAGGAGAGUUGUGACAUGUCGGUAUCAGAGUUGUUGCGUACGUACCCUGAACCACUAUUUUACGACGUGUUUGUUGACCUGAGUCAAGGAGAGGCGCGCAAAUUGCUUGCCGUCCCAUCUCUGGUCCUCAACCAGCAGUAUAACGGCCGCUACGUCAACCAAGAAAACGUGAAAAACUGGUACUUGUCCCGCCGUGUGUUUGUGGUCGACACACUGAGUGGUAGAGAGAAGAGUUUGAGUUCCAAGCCCAAAGCCAUCCGUGUGGCCGCCGACAUCAAGCUACGAUUUCAGCUGGUUCCUGGAACCCAGAAAGGCCAGGCGUUUCCACCGCUGCUCUCCGUGUCUUACAAAGAUGUUUUCCUCACAGAUCUGGCCACGCAAACUGUUCGUGUGUCGUUUGCUGUGGAGUACGAGAUGGAUCAGAAUGAGGCCCGCAAGAGGACAGAUAUUGCUCUAGGUGUGAUGGGGGGCAUGGCUGUCCUGUACUCUCUGUUGAAGACCGUCAGCUGGAAGAGGAGGAUCUCCUCUCCCCUGGUCGACAUGGAGACCUUGCUGAAGUUCCUGUUGUUCUAUGCCGGAGACCUGGCCAAUGUCUUCUUCUGCAUCACUGUGGGAACAGGACUUUACUGGCUCAUCUUUUCCAAAGCCCAGCAGUUUGUCUCCGUGCUGUUGCCUCUGCCAGCGCAGGAGGAGCGCAUGGUGACAUACAUCGGCUGUGCCUUCGCUCUAAAGGCCAUCCAGUUCCUCCACAAGCUGAUCUUGCAGCUAUCCGUCGACAUCUUCCUCAUCGAUUGGGAGAGACCACGAAGUAAAGCGGGCCGUACAGUCAAUGCCUCUGGAGAAGCGAAGCGCGACCCGUCCCCGGUCAGUAUCUGGAGGACCUACUUCGUGGCCAACGAGUGGAACGAGAUCCAGACCAUUCGUAAGAUCAGCCCCACCUUCCAGGUCAUCGCAGUGCUCUUCUUCCUGGAGGUGCUGGGUUUCUCCAACCUGGCCCUGAGGGACCCCUGGUCCACGUUAGAGCGCCCCCCUCAGGCGUACAAGCCUCCCUACAGCCUAACGCUGCGCUAUGCUCUGGCCUCCACUCUCUGGCUGUGCAUUGGACUUCUACAGGUGGUGUUCUUCACCGUGUUCCACGAGCGCUUUGUGGAGGACAAAAUCCGGCAGUUUGUGGACCUCUGCUCCAUCAGCAAUGUCUCCAUGCUUGUGUUGUCACACCAGUGUUUUGGCUACUACAUCCACGGGCGCUCAGUGCACGGCCACGCAGACACCAACAUGGAGGAGAUGAACACCAACCUGAAGAGAGAAGCCGAGUCCUUGUGCGGCCAGCGGGGUCUUCUUCCUAACACGGACACGCAGACCUUCCAGGUCUCCAUCAGCACCCGUCUGCGUCAGCAGUACGACCGCAUCCGGGAGCCCCUCGGCAGGAGGAACGGGCCGUCCCGGUUGGUGGACGCCUCCUCAGCCAAUCCGUUUGAGCAGAGCACCCGGGCCUACAACACCAUGAACCGCUUCCUGGGAUCCGUCAUAGACCACGCUCACCGCGACAUGGACUACAUAGUAAAGGACAAGCUGUUUUUGGAGCGGGUCAUAGGAAUGGAGCUCCUUGAACCCAAUGAAAAAAGCAUAUUCUACAACGACGAGUCGCACUCCUUCAGCGACGUGCUGUUCUACGGGAACGAGGCCACCCUGCUGAUCUUUGACACGCUGUUCUUCUGCGUGGUGGACCUCGGCUCUCAGAGCUUCGUGCUCGCAGCAGUUCUUACAUACGUGCAGCAAAUGAUUUUUCGUUGGAUCAGAGGGGUACUUGGAAGGCGGAACCUGGCCAACAAGACCUUAGUGGAUGAAAGGUUCCUGAUCUAGGAGGGGUCCUUCUUGGAGAACCUGCUCAGCUGUCAGUAUUGCCGCAGUGCUCAAUGCUGUGUGUCACUUAAAUGUUUACACUUUGUGCAGCUGUAGAGUUUUAUACGCUUUUUGUAUAUAUAUUUGUGUUGCAUACAGUGUUUUUACUUUUUUUAUAUGUAAAUUUCAAAUAAACUCAAAUAAAACUUUUCAAAUAUAAUGUUUAUAAAA